AUGGCCGCCGGCGCACGGAACGCUGACCCUAUCGAAUUUCCCCUCUACAAGGACCAGGCCCCGCAACCGGUGUCGAGUAUGCCUUGGCUCAAGCAGCACAUGUUGGACGGACCUCUUCGGGGCUUCCUGGAGCAGUACUACAACCACGACGACGAAGAAGAGGGUCGCGAGUGGACGAGUGCAAAGAUCCUUUCGGACAGACACCUGCACAGGGGCAAGACGGCCCUGUUUCUGUUCCUGAUGUACCACACGAACGAACAAAUUCAGGGCGAGGUGUUCUACAUGGAUGAGGACGUGAUGGUCACGUACGACGGCUUCCCGAAGGGGAAGUUCCAUCUUCUGGUGGUCCCAAGAGAGACGUUUCUCAACGUGACGGGGCCGAGCGCCCUCCGGAAGGAACACCUGCCGAAGUUGCGCCGCCUGCACGCCAUGGGAACUGCGCUGGCGAAGGCCUUGUCCCUUCAGGCGGAAGUCAGGGAAUUGUCUCACCCUUCUGCAAACGUGAUCAGGUGCGGGUACCAUGCGAUGCCAUCGCAAGAGCCGUUGCACUUGCACGUCGUCAGCAUGGACCUCGACGGGACGGGCCUGAAGCGCAAGACUCACUGGAACAGCUUCACGACAGAUUUGUUUCUGGAGGCGUCCUGGGUAGAGAGGCGGCUGGAGGAGCGGGGAAGCCUCGGUCUCGACAUGCGAAACUUCAGGGAGCUCGAGCAUGUGAAGUUGAGGUGCUUCCGCUGCCCGGGCGAGCCGGAGUUUCGACACAUGGAAUCCCUUAAAGCACACAACCGUGCGUGCACCGCGCCGGUGCCGGCGGGAGGCCGCCAUGACCCCGCGGCCCUCGACGUGCGUAGAGGUUCUUCGACGUGA